AUGGCGCUCGACGAUAGACGGCACACGCCGACGAUGCCGACGAUGACGACGACGCCGCGCGCGGAGGCGACGCCGGCGCGUCCCGCGCGCGCGCACCGACGCACGGGACCGCGGACGCGCGCGCGCGGGGACGACGACGCGCGAGAGACGCGGCUGGCGCGAGAGACGAAACGAGACAACGCGUACACGGGCGGGUUCGCGGGGGGGGAGAAGGCGUUGUUGGCGUACCGAGAGGACCUCGCGCGGGGAAACGCGGCGGAGAAGGCGAAAAAGGCGGCGAAACCACGAAGGGAGUCGCGAGAGGUGCGGCUGGAGAAGGAUUUUGGUGGUCUCGCGGGAGGAUUCCCGGGAGGAGAGGUUGGGUUGAAGUCGUACAACGCCACGGGGGAGGUGCCGGAGACGAAGGCGCCGACGCUGGGGUGGGGACCGCCCGCGCUCGGCUCGCUCGUCGUGUUGUGCGGAUACACCUUUGUGAACGAGGGUGAACUGAGCGUCGACGCGCUGCGGCGAAGCGCGACGACGCUGGUCACCAAGCUCGCUGACUUGGCGUCGUCGACGCCGGCUGAGGAGACGGAUGUCGACGGCGUCGCCGGCGCGUUCGGAACCGCGGUUAGUCUCGUUCCCGAGCCGGUGAAGGAGGCGUGCACCACCGCCGCGCUCGUCGCGUUCGCGGUACUCUUCGGUACCGUUGCCAUUCGUUCCGCGGUGAAGAAGGCGGUUCGCGCGUUCGGUGAAUCGUUCAGGGUCAUCGCGCUCGCGACGGUUUCCGGGACCAUCGCGCUCAAGAUUCUGAACAUUCUCUAG